AUGCCUCGACGCGCCCGAGUACACUUCGUCCCCCUCAAGUCCUCCUUGGUCAACCUCCCCCUCUCUAUUUAUGGACCCUUGCUGCAGAAAUCUGUCCGCCCGCAAAGUCUCGCAGUCCACCUUACCCUAGUCGAAGAGGAAGGGAGCAAGAGCAAGAAUGGCAAGGUGGAGGCAUUUGUGGGAUGGACUGGUAUGGCAUCUGCAUCGUCCCUUGCCCACUUCAAUGCCGGUUCUUCGUCCUCGAGCUUUGAGACGAUCGAGAUCGACCCGCAGUUCGCUCAGGACCUCGGGCUGGCGCAGGGAUCCUUGGUAGAGAUCGGUCUUCUACACGACCUUCCGUUCGCCAAGUCCGUAGGCACCGAGCCUGUGAGCUCGGACGACUGGGAAAUUAUUGAACUCCACGCUGGGCACGUCGAAUCCACACUCCUCUCCCAAGUCCGUGUAGCCAAAGUCGGCCAGGAGAUCGACGUCUGGGUGCUAGGGCGCACCCGCGUACGCUUGCUUGUCGGCUCCCUCGACGUCUCUUCCAAGACCAACGCCGCGCUCCUCACCACCGACACCGAGAUCAGCAUCGCGCCCAAGCCGCACCGCAGGGGUGCUGCCUCGACCAAAGGUCGUGCUCCGGCGGAACCCUCCUCAGAAACGUCCUCCAAACCCCAAACGCACCCAAAGUCAACCCUCCUUCGCGUCCUCCCCUCGCGCCUAACCGCUCCUACUCCCGAGUACAGCGGCCCCGAGCUCUUGGGCUAUGUGUCGAAGUCGACGUUUAGGAAAUUGGAUGCGGGAGCUGACAGUCCAGGCGGACUCUACAAGAAGGCCCGCGUGAAGCGUCUAUCGCCACCAGUGGACCCGUCUGCUGGGCCUUCGACCUCUAAUGAUGCUACUCCUGCGCCUCGCAUACUUUCCGCCGGGAAGGAAGCUGUUACUGAGGAGAAGAGCGAAGACGAUGCGGAGACCAUAUAUGUUGGUGUGCUGGAUGGGAUACCGGAUCGUAGCAUUGUGCUGCCUGUGCUUACGCAUGGGAUCGAGGAAUGGGACAUGGUUAGGUUGGUUUUGGUCUUGGCCAGCGAGCGACGAGGGACUGAUGAAAGUUCUGUCAGACUAUCCCUAGACCCAUCAUCGGCGACGCUCUCGACAUCCUUGAAGCCUCCCGAACACCCUUCAAAACCCUCACCACCAGCCCAACGCCUCGCCGGCGUCGACGAGAUCAUCAACAAGUGCAUCGACUUUGCGCGGCAUAACUUUGUUCUGCACUCGACGGCUGCGGCUGUUCAUGGGGUCACUGGCCUCCUCCUCACCGGACGCCCGGGUGCGGGCAAGACAUCCAUUGUCCGCGCUGUGGCUCGCUUGCUUGAAUAUGACCAAACAUUACUGACUUACACCCUCUACGCCGACGCGUCCGCCAUCUCCGAGAAACCCAUCUCCGCAAUCAAGGCCCAGUUCGACUACUGGUUUGACAAGGCGAUGUGGCAUCGACCGGCCAUUCUGAUCUUAGACGACGUGGAUAAGUUGUUGGGGGCGGAGAUGGAGCACACCGCAUCCUUCCGCGCCCGGCACAUCGUCGAGCUCUUCCUCGCGCGCUUCGCCCCCGCCGCGCGCGCCGCGCCCCUCAACUCGCGAGGGGUUCUACUAAUUGCGACGGCCUCGUCGAGCGCGGCGCUGCACCCGCUGCUGAUGCAGUCUCAGGUGUUUGCGGAGACGGUGAACGUGAUGCCGCCGGGAAAGGAGGGGCGGAAGAUGAUCCUGUCAAGAAUUGUCGAAGACCGAAUGCGGGCGACCCCAGAUCUGAGCGAGGACGCGGAGGCGCCGUUGAACUACACCGCGCUGGCGAUGCAGACGGAGGGCUACCUGGCGACGGACUUGCAGGACCUGGUCGCGCGCGCGGUGCAUCAGGCGGCGAUGAGGUCGAAGGAUAAGGAGGAUACGGUGCUCACCUCCGCCGACUUUGAGGAAGCGCACAAGGGCUUCACCCCGCUCUCCCUGCGCGAUGUGAAGCUCGAGAAGUCGGAGACCGCGUGGGCGGACAUCGGCGGGCUGGGCGACACAAAGCGCAUCUUGCGCGAGACGCUAGAGUGGCCGACGAAGUAUGGGCCGAUAUUUGCGCAGUCGCCGCUCAGAUUACGGUCUGGAUUAUUGCUUUACGGCUAUCCGGGUUGCGGGAAGACGCUCCUAGCCUCGGCUGUAGCGAAGGAGUGCGGCCUGAACUUCAUUAGCGUGAAGGGGCCGGAGAUUCUAAACAAGUAUAUUGGUGCAAGCGAGAAAUCCGUUCGCGAGCUCUUCGAGAGAGCGCAGGCUGCCAAGCCCUGCGUACUUUUCUUCGACGAAUUCGACUCGAUUGCGCCGAAGCGAGGACAUGAUAGCACGGGAGUGACCGACCGUGUCGUGAACCAGAUGCUUACGCAGAUGGAUGGCGCUGAGGGCUUGGAAGGAGUCUACGUUCUUGCGGCAACGAGUCGUCCGGACCUGAUUGACUCUGCUCUACUACGACCGGGUCGUCUGGAUAAAUCUGUGUUCUGCAACAUGCCGACGGCAGAAGAGAGGAAAGACAUCCUCUCUGCUGUCGCACGCAAGGUCGCGUUGGCCCCCGAAGUGGACCUUCAGCAUGCAGCCGAAGCUACAGAGGGCUUCUCGGGAGCUGACCUCCAAGCGCUGCUCUAUAACGCCCAUUUGGAAGCCGUACACGAGUCUAUCGCCCGCGGUCCUGCCGUAGAACGGUCUUCGGCUGCUGCCGACGAGGCGUCAGUAGAGUACAAGAUCAUCGGCAGUGCGGGUGUUGGCGUGGCCAGUAAGGCAGAGCAAAUGGCCUUGCAGCGACGGUUGCAACAGAUACGGGCGAAGACGCGACGCCCGGAAUCAACCAGUCGGAAAGGGAAGGGCAGGGCAGAACUGCCUGACAAGCAUCUCGUUACACAGGAGCACAUCCGACGUGUACUGCGAAGCGCCCGCCCAUCGGUCGCGCCAGAAGAACAAGCGCGGUUGGCUCGGAUAUAUAGUGCCUUUGUGGACGAUCGCAGCGGCGAGCUUCCACUUCCCCCAGAGGCGAAUGGGGUCGGCAUACGGGCGUCGCUGGCAUGA